GCGAAAAUCUAGUGUAUUUCCCUACUUAUUAGGAUCGGGUUACAAAAAAUGAGCGCGGCUAUUCAAAAAAAAAAAUGAAAUGAAAAGGAGAAAAAUACAUACGGACGAUUCAGAAAAAAAUCGGAAACGACAUAGUAAAAUAAUAGAUAUUAGACCCUUAAGCCAAAAAAUCUGUAAAGAUGAUGAAAGUAAAAACGAAUCAAAAGAAGAUAAUCAAAUUAAAAAACGUUAUUCUAAAUAUAAGCAAACACUAAAAUCAAAUUUUGUUGAAAAUGGGUUUUCAAAAUUAGAUUCCUAUAAAACUGAAGUAUUGGCUCUUGGCGAAGGUGAUGUUGGCCAAUUAGGAUUAGGAGAAGAUGUACUUAGUGCUACUUAUCCAAAAACAAUAAAAGAUUUAAUUUUUAAAGAUGAUAAAAUUGUAAAAAUAUUUGCAGGUGGUAUGCAUUCCAUCUGUUUAAGUAACAAUAAAAAGUUAUAUUCCUUUGGUUGUAAUGAUGAUGGAGCAUUAGGAAGAUUUUGUGAGAAUGAUGAAUUAGAAAAGGUUCCCAGAGAAAUAGAAUUUGAAUACAAUAUUGACAUUAUUAAUAUAACAACUGGAGAUUCACAUUCAUCAGCAUUGACUAACAAUGGAAAGGUUUAUACUUGGGGUGUUUUUAGGGAUGAAAAUGGAAUCCUAGGACUUAUCUCUAAUAAAGUUGAAAGAAAGCCAGUUCUUAUAGACACAGAACCAGUUGAAUCAAUUGUUGAGAUCAGCUCAGGAAAUAAUCAUAUGCUCUUGUUAACAAACCAUGGAAUCGUUUUGUCUUUAGGAUCUAGUGAACAGGGUCAAUUAGGCAGAAUCCCAGCUAGAUCUUGUACUAAAGAACAACGUCGUGGAAUAGAAUUAUUCUUGGAAGCAUUACCAGUCAGCUUCCCAUUGUUCAAAGGCAAGACACCUUUUAUUAAGAAGGUAUUUGGAACUAGCUACGGUUCUUUUGCAAUCGAGAAUUUGACUAACAAAAUCUACUCUUGGGGACUUAAUAACUACAAACAGAUAGGUUACAAGUCAAAACGUAAUGAUCUCAUCGAGUAUUUUCCUGUAGUGGUUAAUUGGGAUAUAGCUCAUGAAAUUAAGCAAAUUACGGGUGGACCUCAUCACACUUUAAUACUCGAUUUUAAAGGUUAUGUUUACUCAAUGGGACGAAAAGAAUAUGGCCGACUAGGAUUAGGUGAACUAAAUUCAGACAUUGACACGCCUACUCCCAUCCUAUUAUUUAAAGAUAACCCAUGUAGAGAAAUAUCUUGUGGGGAAUGUGUGUCUUAUGCCAUCACCGAAUCCGGAGAAUCUUAUUCUUGGGGUACAUUUUCGACUUCUCAGCUGGGUAAUGGAGACACUGACGAAGACUCUUUAAUUCCAAAACGAAUGAAAGGAAAACAAUUAGAAAAUAAGAAUGUUAUAUCUCUCUCUGCCGGUGGUCAACAUACACUUCUUUUGGCCUAUUCUACAUUAUAAGACGCGAUUGUAUUUUAUUUUUGCAAUAAAGAGACAAGUAUUUUUUAAUAGAGUAGUUAUUUUAUAAAAAGAAUUGUAUUAUUAAAAAUAACAACUGAGUUCAGCACUUUCGUAUCCAUCCAAUCAACUUGUUAAAUGACCCCCUUUUUAAGAUGUGUCUUCUAUUAUUUUAGA